AUGGGGGCAGAAGCUGACCAGCACCCCAUCUUAUAUGUCCAACCACCCCUGAACUAUCACGUUGUUGUUGUCAUCGUAGAAGAGUACAGCGAUGGAACUGAGCUUGGUGGGUGCGCAGCACGCUUUGGAACCUCAUCCGGCUUCAGAAGGGUUGGUGAUCGUCGACAGGUGGACAGCGACAGCGACUUCGAAGAGGAAACAACUGUCCUGGAUGAGGUCCAGUUGGAUGUGCCAGAUGUUCCACAGCUGCCAGUCCUCCUUGAUGUCCAGAAUGCUGCUAUCAUCCUUGAGGAUGUGCCAGAUGUGCAGACUAUCCUUGAGGAGGCCACUGGCAAUUGGCAGUUGAUUCCGAUUAGGUUCAGCCCCCUGUACUGUGGGCCUGUUGUGAUCAGGAACAAUGCCGGUCCGGUGGUUAAAGCUUGGAGAACUUUCCAGUUCAUCAGCCCCAUCAUCACCUACAUGCGUGGGGGAUCCCAGCAGGUGGUGGUGAGGAUGCACCACGUGAGUAGGGUGAGAGGCCUGGAGACUCAACUGGUGUGGGCCAUCUCCAAGGAGACAGCCAGGCUUAGUCCAGAGGGCAUCCCCUACUGUGCCACCAAAGUGCAGUCCAUCACUUGGAUCCAGGUAAGACGUAAAUACUACUGAAAUAGUAUUAGAUUAGGCUUUUCUUCACUUAUUCCAUUUGGCCUUAACAUGUAUUCUCUCUCUGUCAGCGUGUGGCUGGCAGGGUG